GGAGUUGAACGUUACGACACGUCAGCGCAACUUUCUGGUGCAUUGGGAAGCAUCUCUGGAAGAUUUCUGCUAAUCUUCGCUCGCUGGCAUUCCUUGAGUUCGCUUCUCUCCGCAAGACCGCAAGCAAGGUAAUAGGGAGGGAAUUUCUAUGGCAUGGUCUCUCUAGUACCUCUUCUUCAUUAUCUAAUGAUCACACCUUAAUCGUCACGACUCAAGCGCUGAGCUGCUGAUUCAAAUAAUUGAUUUCUCGCAAAUCAGAUCUCUUUCUCGUCUUGGCCGGGGAGCUGAACGAUGUCUUACGCCUACCUCUUCAAGUACAUUAUCAUCGGAGACACCGGUGUUGGGAAAUCAUGCCUUCUUUUGCAAUUCACUGACAAGCGUUUUCAACCCGUGCAUGAUUUGACCAUUGGUGUCGAGUUUGGUGCUAGAAUGGUUUCCAUUGACAACAAGCAGAUUAAACUACAGAUUUGGGACACAGCUGGUCAAGAGUCAUUUAGAUCUAUUACAAGGUCUUAUUAUAGAGGUGCUGCUGGAGCACUACUUGUUUAUGAUAUUACAAGGAGGGAAACUUUUAAUCACCUUGCUAGUUGGUUGGAAGAUGCAAAGCAGCAUGCAAAUGCAAAUAUGACAAUAAUGUUGAUAGGAAACAAGUGUGAUCUUUCUCAUAGAAGAGCAGUGAGCACAGAGGAAGGAGAGCAAUUUGCCAAGGAACAUGGUUUAAUAUUUAUGGAGGCCUCUGCAAAAACAGCACAAAAUGUGGAGGAGGCAUUUAUCAAUACCGCCACGCAAAUAUAUGCUAAAAUAAAAGAGGGAGUCCUUGAUGUUUCUAAUGAGGCCUACGGGAUAAAGGUUGGCUAUGGUGGCGUCCCUGGGCCAUCGGGUGGAAGAGAUGGAGCUCUUACUCAAGGUGGAGGUUGCUGCAGCUGAACUAGAGACAUAAUUUCCUUUCAAAAUUUACUCAUCCACCAUUCUGUUGGGCCGAGGUUUAAGGGUGUCUGGGUUGGAUGAUUCCCCCUUUCGGUUUAUGGAAUUUUGCUUGCACAUGUUGGUGAGAGAUUUGGCAGGUGCACCGAAAUGACGGAAUCUUUUGUACUCGUAUGUUUUUCUUUUGUUCAAGGUCUAGAGUCUCACAUCAGUAAUCACAAGGUCUCGAACAUGCUCAGGUAAAUUAUGUGUUAGGGUCUAUUGGGUAACAAGUAGUUGUGGAUUUGCAAAGUCCACCUCCAAAUAAACAAGUCAUAAUGUACUUAUUGUGACCUCUUUUUUCUGUUGAAAAGCGGAUCAAACCUUGAUCUCGAUAUGGCAGCAUGAAGGAUUUGAAGGUGUGGCCUUGUGGUCAUAAACAUCUUCACCUCCUUGACUCCUUCACUAACCAUAUUGCUUUUGAAAAUCUCCAUUUAACAACUCUAAUC